UGGUUCCCGCACUGGCCCGCCUGGAUGUGCACAAUCUCCCUCAUGGCGGGCGCCGGCUCUGCGCUCUGGGAACUGGCUCUUCGGACCGCGGCGGCGACUGCGGGCCGGCGGCGCUCUCCCUGGGACUCGACCCUCUGCCUGCUCUCCACCCCCGAUCCUGGCAGCCCGACCAAUGGCCGCGGGCCUCGCCCUCCCCGGCCGCGCCCCCUCAGCCCCCGCUCCCCUCAGCGCCUCCAGAGCCCCCACCCCCGGGCCUCGCCCUCCCGGGCCGCGCCUCCUCCGAUCCUGGCGGGCCUUGGGCCUCCCUUCUCCCCCGGCCUCGGCUCCUUCCCCACCCCACCCCUCCGCCAGGGCUCGCGCCCCGGGCACCCCGCUGCCCGCGCCCCACCUCGGCUCGCCUCCCCCUGGGCCAUCUUCCUGGGGCAGCUUCCACGCGGUUCUGUCCCAGGAGGGAGAACAGAAAGAGGAACUGAGGACCCCUUGCUGGGGAAGUCAGGCCGGGAAAAGAGCCUACUGAAGCGGGUUUGGGGGCGGAGGGAGACGGGCUUUGGGACACGAAAGUGGAGUGUUCGGCGUGACUCUGACACUCGUCUCGGGCAUUGGCUCUCACGGCCUCGCUUUCCUGCCUGUGCGUCUCGGAAUACAGGGGCCACGGAAAGGCAGGCCAAUUCAGCAGAACGAUCUAAGCCCUGUCUGCGGACUUGGAGACAACUCUGCCUAUGCAAAUCAUGGCUCCGUAUUUCUUUUAGAACAUGGUACAGCCCUGACCUCGCUCUGAACUCCAGUCCUCCUGCUUCCCCAUGUUUGCUGGACGGUCCCUCCUGGGCACCUGCUCCCUUCUCACCCUCCAGCAGGUGAUUCAUGUGCAAAGCGAAAGGAUUAUCCUAGGGGCUCUGGUUCUGUGGCACCUUCGUUUGGAAUGUACAUCCACCGAAGACUUCUGCAUGAGUUUCCCUGUGUGAGCACUUUAGGUGGGGAGACUCUGGAAAGGCCGGACUGCGCCCCACCCCACCCCCCCACACCCCGGCCAAAUAGAAAUGCUACACAAAGUGGAAGGGACAGGGCUCCGUCACCUGCACCAGCAGUUUCUUUUUAGAUACAAGGAAACCUUGGGGAAGUCCUCACGAGUGUGUGGUUGGAAAGAGGCAGAGAACUUGAAAGAUUUUUUCCUUCUGGAGUUUUCCAAAUGUUUCCGAUGUUAAGGAUUAUUUUCUUUACCCUUUGCGUCCCUGGCCCUGGUCCCCUCCUGCACCUUCUCAAUGCCAGAGGCCACAGCCCUGCCCACACGCCACCAUCAAACUUUCAGCCUGAGGUGACCCGGCUGUCUUCUUCCGAGUAGCUGGCACUCUUGCUUAGGCUCUCUGUGGCCAUUGUUCCAUUUAAUUAUUGACUCCAAGUAAAUGUUCCCCUCUUCCGUCUCCUGGGACUGAAUCCAGUGUCGGGAGGUGGGGGAGUGGAAGGCCUCGGGUUCCUGGGGGAGCUUUUGCUCAGCUCUGGUCCCACAGCCCUUGCGGAAUCAAGCCACUAAGUAGCUUAAAGAAAAGUGUCUUCUUCAGCAGCUUUGGCUAUUUGUGGCAAUAACUGUGUUUUCAAUGCUAGUCCUUGAGUGGGGAUUUGCAUCCAAGAUAUUUGAAGGAACCAGAAAGUAGGUGUCAGUGGCUUUAGGACCACGGCUUGGUAACAGGAUUCAAUGGGGGAAAGUUGACUAAGUGGAGUUUCUGAUGGACACUCCCUGUAGACCGGCCUACCGUCCACAUCAGGAGGGCGAGUAACUAAGGUGACUUAGGCUCACGUCCACACGCUUUUCCACAGAAUUUAUAGAAUCAUCACAACAUCCCUCCAAGACAGAUGUUAGUGCCCAUGAGAGAACAGACGCUCAGAGUGGCCGUCACCUUGCUGGCAGUGGGUGACAGGAUCCCAGCCCCCAUGGCUAAGGCCCUCACAGUGAUGGGGCUGGAGCAACAGGACACCUGUGCCUGAUGUAGGAGUUAUAAAUUAAGUCUACAAAAGUUUUAAAGAGUUCAUUCUGCCCUGCUUUUUCCUGUCUGGCAAGCCAGGUUCCAACGUAGGAUUCUCAGACGCCUCGGGGAUGUGCAUCAGGAGUGGCAGUGGAGUGGGGAGGGCUCUAGCCUCCAGCCCCAACUCUCAGCUUGCCCCCCCCCACCCCGUCUCUCCCCCUCCAACUCCAUCCCACCCUGGGACAGGCCUCCUGUGUUCCUGUGAGCACCCCAGCACCCCCCCGCCCCCACACAGCCAUCCCUUUGUGUACAUCAGUGUCACCGUCCACCAUGGGGUAGGAAGGUGGCCCUGGAAGCAGGUUGGGACGUUUGUGCGGGGGCCUUCUCCCAUCCUGGCUGCUGAAACAGUGGUGUGGGCACAUCCUAGCAGCCGUGCCUAAAGCGGUACCACCCAAGGCAGAGACCGUCUUGUCUGUGGCAACAUGAUGGGCAAUAGGUGUUCAUUUGAUUAUUGUAUUGUCCUUUAAACUUUUCUAUAGGUUUGUAAACUUCUCAAAUGAAGGGGUGGGGGCGGGGAAGUACCAAUACAUGAAGGAGCCCAGUGAACGGAGGGCACAGACAGCCUGACCACAGCCUCAGUAUCUGCUGGUAAAAAGCUGCCUCCUAGAGUAUGGGGGUGGCUGUUGUCCCUUCCCUGGGGCAUAGAGAUGGGAUGGAUGAGCAGAAAGUUCCUUGCAGCUGAGAAACAGGGCCUCUAAGGGAGGAAAAGGACCUCCAAGAAGGGCUUCCAAAGGCGGGAGGUCUUUGAAAACAGGGCACCGUCUCUCUCAUCCCUUCUGCGUCAAGCAAGAAGAGAGAGGGAGGAGGCGAAUCACCAUUCACUCUAGAGCCCCUGUGAUGUUGGCGGGGUAGCUGGGGGCUCAGCUCCUUUGGCUCUAACCCCAGCUCCCCAACAGUAACUCAAGGGCCAUGUGUGCAGGAGCCCUGCUGGUUUGGGAGCCAGGAACCUGCAGAUGCUGCCCCAUGAAGGUAGAGGGGUGGCUAAGAGAAGCGCCAAAGGACAGGUGACUGGGCCCAGCCCACGCACGCACGCACACACACACGUACGCAUGCGCGCACACAGCCCCCAGCCCACCCCACUCGGAAUUUCCAUGAUCGGGUUCACGGGGGCAGUGGGGAUGGGGAUGGUCACGUGACGUGAUGGCACCCUUCCACGGUGCUCCCUCUCCAGCCGCUUUUGUUUUGGCUUGGGAACAAAAAUAAAGAUCCAGUUUUAUAGGCCAUUGCUAGACAAGACCGGUUUGGGAUGUGUGAUUGGAGAAUACCUUUGUUUUUAUGGAAUGCCGUAAGCCCUGGAGUGCCACAGGGAGCCCCUGUGGGGUGGGGCUGCGGGCAGCCUGUCCUGCUCUAGGUGGGAAAUGAAUCGGAAAGUUAACUGUGCCUCCUAACCCUGCAUCCUGGAGGUUCUGGGUUUAAAUAAAAUCCGUUUCCUCAUCAGCCAGAGUUAACCAGGUGAUCUUAAAAUUCCU